CCCCCCCCCCCCCUUCUAUUUUGGUCAAAGUAAUCCCUAAAUUGUUGAACUCUAUGUCUAUCCGAAGAAAACCCAGAAAUCUAACGAGGGGAUUCAUUACAACAUCAUAUCAGAACUUGUCAACAAAAUUGUGUAUAUAUAUCUGAUCAGAGAGAUAAAAAGAAGAAGUGGGAAAGGAGAACAACAAUGGAGCUGUUCCCAGCACAACCUGAUUUAUCUCUUCAAAUUAGCCUCCCAAAUCCAAAUCCAAAUCCAAAUCCAAAUCCAAACACCAAAACCACCUCAGGUUGGAGUUGGAGGAGAUCAGAUGAAGAAGCCAUGAAAGCCAGUAUCAAUACUGCUUUCAAGCUCUCUUCCUUCCUGGCUAACCCAGAUGCCAUGGAACCCAACUCUUCCUCCAGCAGUCCUUUUCCUCCUCCUCCUCCUCCUCAUCUUUUUUAUGGCAGAAAAAAUGGAAGUCUUUUGCCUCCCAAUCAAUUGUACAGCCAACAACAACAACUUGUUCAUCAUCAUUACCAUCAUCAACAACAACAAGGGUUUCACAACCAACGAGAAUUUGAUUAUUUAAGACCCAUAAGGGGCAUUCCAGUCUAUCAUCAUCAUCAUCAUCAUCAAAACCCUCCUUCCUUAUUAGAUUCUUCACCAUCUACAAUAACUACCACUCCAACAACAUUCUUGCAUUCCACCACCACCAACAGCAACAACAUUGCAAAAUCACAAAUUUUAUCAAGAUUUCCGGCAAAGCGAAGAGUGAGAGCUCCCAGAAUGCGGUGGACUACAACCCUACAUGCCCGCUUCGUCUAUGCCGUUGAACUUCUUGGUGGCCAUGAAAGAGCUACACCCAAGUCAGUUCUUGAGCUCAUGAAUGUGAAGGAUCUCACCUUAGCUCACGUGAAAUCUCAUUUGCAGAUGUAUCGUACAAUAAAGACUACAGAUAGACCUGCAACAUCUUCAGGCCAAUCAGAUGGAUUAGGAAGUGAUUUGGGUGGAGAUCAGAAUUCUGAAAACAUUUUUAGCCCAUCAAAAACUGGGUUAUCAAUUAAAAAAGGAAGGAGGGACGCUUGGUUGCAUGGAAAACCAAUUGGGGACAUCAAAGGACGCACAACCCCUUUUGAGGAUAUAGUGAACUGUGAAGGAGUCUUUGAAAUGAAGUCAUCAAGCAUUUUAGAAAUUAUGAGCCCUGGGAAGAAGCCUAAUUUGGAGUUUACCUUGGGCAGGUCAUAAAAAAUAAUUAUUAAUUCUGUCCUGUUGAAAAGACUCAUUCUAAAAUCAUGGUCUAUAUGUAUAUAUAUAUAUAUAUAUGCUUUUGUUUGUUGGGAGUUGAGAUGGGAAAUGGGAAUCAGGUGCCUUUUUUGAAAAAUCAAGAGAAAGGAAGGAAGAAAAGCAAAAGAGAACAAAGAAAAAAGAAACAUAAAAAGGAAGACAAAAGAGACAUAAAGCAGCAAAAGGAGUGUCAAUCUUCAUCAUAUUUUAUUCAUACUUAAGCAUCAUAUUCAAUUUUAUGUUUUUUUCUUUGUGGAACUUUUUGAUUGAGAGAGAGAGAGAGAAAGAGAGCUAUAUUAUAAUAGAUAUGAUGUAAUCAUAUGUGAAUUUUCCAAUAAAAAAAAGUUAUAUGUUAA